AUGCAUCUCACAGCCAUCCUCCCGUUUUCGAUCCUCGUGCUAACAGCAGCAUGUCUGCCCACCGCUACCAAGCCCAUCAAACGAGCAGCAGAUCCCACACAAGAACCUUGGGCCGCGGCCACCUCUGCACUGGUCGACGAAACCCAAGCCCAAGCAUUCGAUGCCGCUGUCGCGCUCAUUGCCGACGGGCCGGAUCCUAACGGCGGAGGCAAUAUAGAUGAAUCCGCCACUCGUGCCUCAGGUUCUGUGUCUGGAACCUUGAGAGAUGGCGGGUUUGUUAAUGUCUCUCUCAAUGAUAAGGCGAAGAGCCUCCUCGAUACCUCGAGACCAAGAAGGGAAAGUCCCAUCUGCUCUGCUAUGUCGAGGGUCGCUUCGUUCUUCUUUACUUCAGAAGUCCAGCCUUGGAUUGGCUACGGUGGUGCUAGCAUGGAACUGGGGGUUGGUAUCACAAAGGCGGUCUUUCAGACAUCAAUCAUGCUCAUUGUCUAUUAG